AUGUCUCUCAAGAACGACGCAUUCCCCUCCUCCGCAGCCUUCGAUGCCAUCUCUUCCUCUCUCGAAUCAUCCCCCACCGACCGCGCCGACGCCAUCAAACAAGGCAACGCCGUCUUCGCCUUCACUCUCAAGAACAAAGCGGGUGAAACAGCCGAUUGGCACAUCGAUUUAAAAAAAGAAGGCAAAGUCGGAACAGGGCUUGGUGAAAAACCAACAGUAACAUUGAGUCUGAGUGAUGAGGAUUUCGGAAAACUGGUAGCAGGAAAGGCAAAUGCACAGAGACUUUUUAUGGGGGGAAAACUGAAGGUUAAGGGGGAUGUGAUGAAGGCGACGAAGAUGGAACCGAUUUUGAAGAAGGCGCAAGGAGGUGUAAAGGCGAAGUUGUAG